AUGAGAUUUCCGGCUAUGAGGAAUUUUACUUAUCUGGAUUCAACGGUAGAUGAUUUGAAAUGCCAAUUGAUUUCUGGCAAGAGCUGUGUAAACGAACCCGUUUCAUCGGGUCUUGAAUGUAUCAGCUACGGUAAUUCUAUAGACUUCAACUGUGAAUUGAAUUUAGACAUUCAAAAUGAAACUUCUUACAGUUGUUUCAAAUGCUCAAAUGAUACUCUGGAUACAUAUAUCAACGACACUCUAUGUAACACUAGAUUCAAGCUGAAUAUGAUGUCUGUUUUAUUCGAGAGCGCGUUGAAAAAAUUAUGGUUGAGGAUACCAGAAUUGGGUGUAUGCGAUUGGAGUACAUUGUUCUGUUACGAUGAUAUAUCAAAUCGGACGUUAUACAUUGACGGUUUUAACGAUAGUAGUAAGAAUAUUGUGUAUGAGAAUUAUCAAUGUAGAUGGGACUACGAUAAUGGCACGCGAGAAAGGAUAGGCAGUGACGCAGGGUACGAAUGGAGUUUCUUGUUUGUGAUAUUAUUUAUAGUUGCUGGUGGUGUUGGCAAUAUUUUAGUGUGUCUAGCUGUGUGUUUGGAUAAGAGAUUGCAGAAUGUGACAAACUAUUUCCUGUUAUCAUUGGCGAUUGCUGAUUUACUAGUCAGUCUGUUCGUGAUGCCAAUGGGAGCUAUUCCAGGAUUUUUAGGUUAUUGGCCUCUGGGCGUAGUGUGGUGCAACGUGUACGUGACAUGUGACGUGCUUGCAUGUUCUGCAAGCAUCAUGCAUAUGUGCUUUAUCAGCAUCGGCAGGUAUCUCGGUAUCCGGAACCCUUUGAAGAGUCGACAUCAUUCGACGAAGCGUUUGGUGGUGAUAAAGAUAGCGCUGGUGUGGCUUCUGAGUAUGUUCGUGUCCAGUUCUAUCACAGUAUUGGGCAUAAUCAACAAGACGAAUAUAAUGCCGACGCCAGAUCUCUGCGUUAUCAACAACAGACUGUUCUGGGUGUUCGGAUCUUUGGUCGCGUUCUACAUUCCCAUGCUGAUGAUGGUGGUGUCUUUUGCGUUGACUGUUCAGUUAUUGAAACGGCAGGCGAGACUGGCAGCAACGCCUGUACCGGGUGGUAUGCAGAGAAGACAAUGUGGAGGCUUCGAUAACGGGUCAUUGCAGUGCGUCAGGAGGCUGGGAGCCAGGAGUUCACCAGAUCUCUCACCAGGCACUAACGUAUCGAGGCAGCUGACCUGGAGAGUUACUUCCACCACACGGACACAACGUAAUAAAAUUGGCAUGAGCGUAUCUCAACCGCAAUUGAGUUAUAUGAAUGGUUGCGGCAACGGUACGGGGUCAGGGGCGAUGAAGCGAGGCCGAGAUGUUGCCACACAGACUCCUCCAAGCAUAGCAGCCGAAACCAGACGAGCUAGACUGAUUCCACUGAAGUUGACUCUAGCAGCACCGAACGCCCUAUCUUUAAGAUUCCUGGCUAACCGCAAAAAGGACAGGUCGCUGUCAGCGAACGCGGUUGCUAACGAGCAGAAGGCCACGAAAGUUCUUGGUCUCGUUUUUUUUACCUUCGUCUUGUGCUGGGCACCGUUCUUCCUACUCAACAUAUUAUUCGCUUCGUGUCCAGCUUGUAUAGUGCCAGAGCAUGUCGUGGACAUCUGUCUUUGGUUGGGUUACGUGUCUUCUACCAUCAAUCCCAUCAUCUAUACAGUCUUCAACAGAACCUUUAGAGCUGCCUUCUUGAGGCUUCUAAGGUGCCAUUGUAGCAGGAGAGGUCGUUGCACUCGCUAUCGAUCAGUUGGUUCUACACGAAGCGCUUCUCAACUGUGCGCGCGAUCAGCGUUGCCGCUUGCUAUUUCCCUUCGGCCAUCAGCGAUGCCAACGACAACACCCACACAGGAAACCACCGAAACUGUGCUCAUAGAACCUCAGCUAAGUAACUUUAAAGUUCGCUAUUAA